AUGACCAGGGCGCCGUGCUGUGCGGCAUGCAGGCCCACCAUGACAUGGAAGAGCAUCAAGGACAGUUGCAACAUGCGGCGCCGCUAUGUGGCGGCAUACACUCACGCGCUGCUGGACGCGUGGGCGUCGGGCGGCCCUGUGAAGCCGGGUGUGGCGGCGGACAGCGCUGAGAUGCGUUCCAUUGAGGCGCACGUCAGCGUGGAGGUCGCCCUGCUAUGGCGCAUGCUGGCACACUCGCAGGCGGAGCGCAGCCGACCCAAGGCACAGCGGCAGGCAGUGCAGCCCAAGGCCAAGGGGUGGUUCGCCUCCUGGCGAGGGGCGUCUGUGCCAGCAGAAGCAGGGGGGGGCGAGGGGACGGAGGAGGAGGGGGUGGGGGGAGGGUUGAGUGCGGAGGAGUGGGAGAAGAUAGAGGAGCUGGUGCGCGCGGGGGAGGAGGCGCAGUAUGAGCCGGGGCAGGCACACGCGGGGGCGGUGCAGAUGCUGGUGCAGGUGGCCAUGGAGUGCUUCCGCGCUCGCCUCGUGGACGGGGGGGCGGGCGUGGAUGGGGGGCCGGGCGUGGACGUGGUGUGUGGGUCGUGUCACCACCUGCACGUGGCGCUGCGCCUCUUCCCCCUCAUGCUCAAGGCUGACGUCAGCCUGCGCCUCUAUGACCUCUCCGUGCCUGAAGGCACGCUCAUUGAGGCUCUCGCGCUGCAACCUGCCUUAAUAGCUGCCAUGGCGACAAUUACUGUACUUUCGUUUGACGUGGAGCUGCCCAAAGAGGACUUGCUCCUGUGCCUCCAUAGUCUCACCAAAGACGAUGUCUCACUGUUUGAGUACACGUUGGGGUCCCUUUAG